UGGCUCCGGGGACCUCUCCUCGUCGACGUCUGUCUGAUCUGUCCCUGUGCUCCUGGAAGUAUGAAAAUCAGUAUGCUUAGAAGCAGAUUUUAAAGGCAGUUUCUCUUCACAAUAUCUUUUUCAUUCCACCUAAUAAAGCAUCUUGAUACAACAUGGCAGCAGCAGUAAAAUGGGUGAUAUCAAAGAGAACUAUCUUGAAGCAUUUCUUUCCAUACCAAAACGGAGCUUUAUCUUGUAUUUGUCAUAAGUCUACGUAUUCUUCUCUUCCAGAUGACUAUAAUUGCAAAGUAGAGCUGGCUUUGACAUCUGAUGGCAGGACAAUAGUAUGCUAUCACCCUUCUGUGGACAUCCCAUAUGAACAUACAAAACCUAUCCCUCGACCAGAUCCUGUGCAUAAUAAUGAAGAAACACAUGAUCAAGUGCUGAAAACCAAAUUAGAAGAAAAAGGUGAACACCUUGAACAAGGACCCAUGAUAGAACAACUUAGCAAAAUGUUCUUUACCACUAAGCAUUGCUGGUAUCCUCGUGGACAGUAUCACAGACGUCGUAAGAAAAUGAACCCUCCAAAAGACAGAUGACACUGAGGUUCUCUGGAGGAUCAAAGAGAAAUAUAAUCCUGUGCCACAUUUGGCAUUGAGAAAAUGUGGUCUGGUGUAUUUACUAAUAUGUUAUAUAGUAAAAUAAUAAAAAAUGCCUUUUCAUAGAAUAGAAUAUUUAUUUCUUUAUUAUAUUAAUUCUGGAUUUGACAUUCU